AGUCUGUCCCCUCCCAUACUUUAACAUCUUUGAAUAGAUUUUUGCAGGAGCACAGGUGUGUUGCCAAUAGUUUAUUUAUUUAAAAUAAAAGAAACAUUGUAGUUUGGACAUGUGUCUACCUUUAAUGUGUUGCACUUGUAUAUAUCCAUGCAUUCAAAUUAAUUUUAAUAAAAACAAAAGCAUCUGAGAUGUUUAGAGUAACACGUCGAUCUCGCGAUAUCUCCCCUUAGCAACGGGGAUGUUUACCCUGGUUACCACAGCCUCGCCAGAGACAACGAGUAAACAAGACCCAACCGAGCUCAGGUUGCCACUCGUAUGCCGUCCCCUGAUGAGAGCCAGCUCUGGUGCCCUGGCCCGUCCCUGUGGAGCCUGAUCGCCGAGCAUGUCCCUGGGUCAGAGCUGUCAAAGAUCCAGACGGCACUGGGCCACUUCCUGGUGGACAUGUACACGGAAGCGCACACUGAGGCGGAGAUGUGGUGCAAGAUGUGGCAGGAGAGCCGGCGAGGCGGAAACCAUGGCAGCAGGGCGGGGACCCCGCUCCCACGUCCUCGGGGCUCCCCCCUGGCCGACCCCCCUGCAGUGAAAGAGCUGCUGAGAGCUGAGGUCAAGAUGCUGCUACAGACUCUCAGGGAGAGAGUUACCAAGGGGGGAAGAGAUGGCGACACGGAGCUCCUAUCUCUGUACAAACCUGAGACUGUAAACUACGCCCUCGGUCACCUCGACAGCCGCCACAGUGACUGCAUCAGCCCCGGAGAUACUGAUGAUGGGAGCAGACCGAGCUCCCACCGUUCGGUCGGGUCGAGCGCCGGAGACGAGAUCGAGGCCGCGAGAGACAAGCUGAAUGUCGCUGACAUUGACCAGGUGGUGGAGCGCCUCAGGUCUGUCCUAAUGGAGGAAUGUGAAGUGUUGAAACGACUGGUGCAGAAUUUAAAGAGAAAUAUCAAAGGAAAGUGCAGUAGUCAAGGUGAAUUUGGUAAAUCGGAACCUACACUUGCAGAGUUGAGAGAGCUAAGAGGAGCCGUACAAAUGGACUUGGAGCUUUACCCAGCUUCAUUUGCUGCUUCAUCCCCGACCUCGCCCCCUCUUCCUGUGAAAGGACUGAAGAACAGGUUCAGACUGUCAGCAGGGCAAAGGGCCUCUGAUGAGACUCUGCAGACUCUACACUCAACAUCAGUCCUAAGACCACAUCCACCUCCUCCACGGUGCCAUCCCAGGCCACCUGUUGGACCUCCUGUCACCAAGACCUCUGCCUCCGUCGAACCAGUUCAUUCUUCCUCAUCGUCCAGGACUCAUGGUCAGCGUAGAAGCACAUUGGGGUCAAAUGCGUCGAGCAGUACACCUGGCUGCGGCAGCAAACUCACUACUUCUGGGCAUCACUUCCCCACUGACCAGAUAAAGGUCAUGAAUGAAUAUCCCUGCAGUCCACCUCCAGAUCAAGACUGCAGGCCUCUGACUUAUAGUCCUAGCUUCCCAAUAAAACCUCCAAGAAACUCACCCGCCCAUGAAGCCCAAUCACCAUGCCAUCGCAGCGUCCACAGCCUGAGCAGAGGGUUUGAUAUGUCAGGACAGAGGGAGAGGCAAAGCGGCGCUGUCGGGAGGUCAAGAGACGUCAGCGUUACCCCCUCAUCCAUUCCACCACUCAGCCCUGCAAGUGAUGCGGGCAGUUACAGCAACAGCAGUGCUGACCCUUCUGGGUCAACUACGGCGAACUCAGACACACAAAAUGGGCAGAAGAAAAGUACCCAUGGAGGCGGUGUAGUGUCAGCAUCAGUGCAAGCAGAUAAUGACCAGAGGAAGAAUACCUCUGAGAGUCUUUAUUCUUCCGUCACGUCCGAAACUGGGAGGCAUCCUGCAAAAAAAUGUGACUGGAAGAUAAAAAGUCGAACUGAAAGAAAUAUAAACGGUCAUCUUGGGAAGGAAAUCACCAAACAGCAAAGCGCUAGUAGCCACUGUUUGACGGAUUACUCCUCACAUCAUCGUUCAGAAAGCAAUGGUGAAAAGGAAGGACAGGCCAAAUGCACUCAGGCAGCAUCUGUACAGUCGAAUGUGAAAUGCUUUACUUUGCCUAAAAGACUUCGUGGAGGCACCGCAAGUCAACCGACAAGUGUCCAAGAGGCCCAGACAGAGCCAGCGCUCAUCAACAAGUUUUACCAGCCAGUACCUCCUCCAGGAGUGUCAACAUGAAGUCAGCCCCACACCAUGUAGAAAGUGUUUGCCAUUGUAUUUCAUGAGAUAAAUGUUUAGAAGUACAAUGAAUUGAUGUUGCGUGGUUCAUGAAGAGGUUUUUUUUGGUUUUUUUACAUCAAGCGUUAAUUAAAAAAACUUGAAUUGUGAAUUUCCAAAAGGCGGAGGCUGUGAUUAGAGUGCUAAGAGUUGUACAGUGUCCAAGUGUUUGGUUGGAAAAAAUGUGUUGUCGAGACAGUGAACAGAGCAAAACUAGUUACCUGAGACGAUUUGACAUGACUUAAUAGGAAAACCACAGAUGUAACUAGCAAUUCCAGCCAGCUUUACUGCAUUUAGCUUUUAUUAACAGCUCUUCUUUCCCUAUCAUGACAUGUCCAAAUGUAUUCCUUCAUUAGAGGCAGUGUUACUAAUGGUGUUGGCAUAUCAUGGAAAUAAUACUAAUUCUUACCAGGGCGAAAUGUCCAGGGUGUAACCCGCCUCUUAACCAAUGUGUGCUUGGAUCAAAAAUAAUAAAAAAAAACCUUGGCAA